ACCCCUCGAGCCACUCUACCACAUAUCGUGUCGUUGACCGUCACUCGUCCAAGUCGCCGGCAUUCUACGAAGCUCUUAUGAGGACGUUCCGCCCCAUGGCUGCUCGGCCCAUCCGCCCCCUACCAACCCGACUGACGGAACUCAUAUCGACGGAGAUGUACGAGCUCGUCAUCACUCAUUGCAAAGACAAGGCGACACUCCUGGCGUGCAUGCGCGUCUGCAAGGCCUGGGUGCCGCGCGCCCGCUUCAUCUUGUUUUCGAGGGUCAUCUGUCGGCCGAGUGUGGUCAUCCCGAGCGGCACAAGUGCGAGCCCCGUUUCCUCUGUUGUGCGCUACCGAGCACCGGACUGCAAUCGGGAGGAGCUGAUUUACGGUAAUGCGGACGGAGUUCACAAUCACAGCUCCGAGAAGGUGCUUCUGAAGGUCAAAAACGUCUCGCAAAUGGAGAUUUUGGUCGAAUACGAUCUGUUUCUGUGCCUGGCCGAUGGGCUUUUCUGCACAUUGCCCCUGCACAGAAUGCUAUCCGGUCACGCAAAUGAGGAUGAUCUGACGGUCCUUUCGGAACAGGUCCAUGCUUUCGAUGUGCUGCAAGACGAUAUGAGAGCACAAGUCUGCAUUCGGAAGGGGGGCUUUCGGCGCGGCAUCAUCAAGAUUUUCGAGAGUCGGCGAGGCGUUCCCAGUGAGCAGGACGCCGGCCAAACCGCAAAGUCUGGACUGCACGAAAUGAAAGAGAUCUUCAUUCCAAACGAGAUACGCUCCAUCCGGCACGUAUCGAUGGAUUUGCUCGUCGCCGCUCUGCAAGACUCAAGCGAAUUCGAAGUGGUCCACGUGCAAACCGCGGAGACGCACAAUUUGCUCGAUCCAACUGACUGGACUCUCCGGGCCGUAUUCAAAGACAGAUACCUUAAUGCGCUGGAUUGUUUCAUAACGCGAAAUCACCAGAGGUUCUUCGUCUGCUACGACAAAUAUAUGCUGCAUAUCAGCAGAGGGGGGAAACAGCUCGCGGAGCCAUCUCCGCAGAGCUGGCCAGAGGGCCCACUUCCUUCCAGUUACGUCUUCAAGAGAUCCUACCUGCUCGCAUUCUUAUCUACGCACAUUGAUGUGUCGUGGUGGAUGAUAAUUGAUGGGUAUGAUCCGGAGAUUCACGCACUGCACCCCCGCGGUCAUCAGAAGGUUCUCGGACGAUACACCCUGCUCAACGCGUUUGACCGGGACGAAAGCGUAUUUCUAAUGGCGCAUCAGAGUAACGAUGUAGUAGAGCUCAAGUUCUGGUCCCGUGUAUCUAUCUGAUAAAGGAUUUUUGCGUGUCAUUUCAGGAGAUUUCCGCAGGGAUUUCCGGCACUUGACCCUCAGCAAAAGUUCAAGUUGUAAUAUAGUGAAACGACUGUCACGGGACCGGUCGUAUCUGCCCGAAUCUGAUCGUGCGAUUGUUGAUCGGGAUUUGCCCUUCCCUUUUCCGCAACUACGAGGCCGUCAGUACAUUUUCAGUCUUGGAAUAGCUGGUUCAGCAGUGGCAUGAACUUGCCCACGCAUAUAGAGACGAAGAUGGCUUCCAGGGAGAAGUGACCUCGAACGCAUGGAGUCGCCUGCAGGUGUUCCAACGCCCUCGCGUCCUUCUUCCCAACCGUUUCUCGUCCCGGUCACUCAGAGCAUCAUCCUCCUUGCACUCGCCGUCAAGCCAUCGCCCCUCCAGCCUCUGUUCCUCCUCCUCAUCCUUGCGCUGACGCUCUACGCAUCGCGCACCACGACACGCGUGUUCGUCGCCGACUUCACGCUCGCGUGCGUGCUGUGGGGCCGCUUCUUCAGCG